UUAAUUUAGACUAUUGCUAAUAUAUAUUAAAUGUAAUUUUUUUUUAAAAACAUAAUAUUCUGAAGGAAAAAAAAAAGGGAAAAGAAGAAGAAAGGAUAUAGCAUACAUAAAACAUUUCCUUUUCAUUAAAAAAAAAACAUGAAAUUUCCUAAACCAUCAGCCAAUAGGAAACACGGAACUCAAAGUGAAUCAUUAACUGAAAACAUUAGGGCGCCACAAAAACUAGUUUGAAGUCCGCGACUUCCCUCCCGACCUCUCUCCAAUGUUCAAUGUCCAAUCUCUCUGCUCAAAUCCAAUUUCUUCAAAUUCACACUCCAAUCCCCACUCUUUUCAGCCCAAAACUUUUCGAAAUUCUAAUUACGCCCACAAUUAGAAGAAGUAUUCCAAUCCCCAAUCCGCUACCAUUGACACCAAUCGAUCGCCUUCUCCAUCACUAUUUGAACCUCAAAUUCAACUUCUUUGAGCUUAUGGGGCGGUACUGUGCCUGAAUUGGAUCCAUAUUUGGCGAAUUGACCCGUUUCUGACGGUACCAGCGGGCUACCAUUUCAAGUUCUCGACGAAAUUGAUUGAAUUUUGACGUGUCUGAGUGAAAUUCUACGUGGGUUUGCUAGGGUUUAGCGAAAGUCUUGGUUUUGAGGGGCAGUCAUGGACUACGAGCUCUCGGAUAGCAGUGGUACAGAUGAUGACCUUCCGCCCUCUCAUCAAAAUAGAUUUCAAAGGGGAGGCCGAUCUUCUGGGAAUGGAAGAUCUGCAGCUGUGGGUUCUGCUUCAUUACCUAGGAUGCAUGGUGACAUGGAAACCCAAAUCCACCACAUUGAGCAAGAAGCAUAUUGCUCAGUCCUGCGGGCUUUUAAAGCUCAAUCUGAUGCCAUCACCUGGGAUAAGGAAAGUUUAAUUACAGAACUUAGAAAGGAGCUGAGAGUAUCUGAUGAAGAACACAGAGAACUUUUGUCCAGGGUCAAUGCUGAUGACAUGAUCCGGAGGAUAAGGGAAUGGAGAAAAACAAGUGGGCUUCAACCUGGCACACUUACUGCUGCUCAGCCUGUUCAUGACCCCCUACCUAGUCCAACUGUUUCAGCAUCGCGCAAGAAACAGAAAACAUCGCAGUCUGUAGCUUCCUUAUCGCUUGGUGCUCCAUCCCCUGCACUGCCUCCAUCCAUGCAACCGUCCUCAUCAGCCUUGAGACGAGGUCCUCCUCCAGGAGGUCGGACCAAGAAGCCAAAAUCAUCCUCUCAGUACCCUUCCACAAGUAUUACUGGAAGGCCCCAAGCCGCUAAUCGAGGUUCUUCUGGUGCCUUUGUGGCAAGUGAGCCUGCUGAGGGAGCAACUUAUGAUCCAUUAAUAGGAAGAAAAGUUUGGACAAGGUGGCCUGAAGACCACUUCUAUGAGGCUGUUAUAACUGAUUACACCACGUUGAGAUUAAUGGAACUUAAAUUGAUAUCUCCUGAAGAUAUUCGGUGGGAAGGUGAUGAUCCUGGGAUUUCUCGUAGAGGUGGUCGACCUGGACCUGGACCUGGACCUGGCCGAGGGAUAAAAAAGUCCACAGCACGUGGUGGUGCAGUUUCAGGUGCAGGAAGAGGCAGAGGGGCCGCAAAGGGUCAGUCCAAGAAGGAUUUGCCUCCACAACAAAAUGGCAUUGGCAGGAAGGCAAUGAGUGACAUUGAAAUACUUCAUACAGACUCUUUGAUUAAAGAGGUUGAAAAGGUUUUUGGAGCAAGCCAUCCUGAUCCCAUGGAGAUCGAGAAAGCCAAGAAAGUUCUCAAAGAGCAUGAACAGGCACUGGUUGAUGCGAUUGCAAGACUUGAAGAUGCAUCUGACGGUGAAAGUGAUGAACAUACAUUCUCUCAAAGACAACCAAUAGACCAAGAUCGAGGAUGGAGAAAACGGCAGUACGAUGAAAUGGCCGAAGGUCGGGCAGUUGACGGUGCAAAUGGUAAUAAAAUGACAAGGGAGGGUAGAAUUGCAUCAGACGAUCAACGUUUUGAGGGCGAUGACAUAUGAUAUUUGGAGACUUUUAACAUCGAGUUAUAUCUCUGUUUGUAGUGUUGUGACAUAUUCUGAUUUGAUCACCAGCUAAGUGGAUGCUUAGUAAGCUUUAGGUUUCGUUUCAUUUUUAGUUUAACUUUAAGCUGAGAUUAUGUUUGCUGUAACUUUUUUUGGGGGUUGUACUGAAUAACACUUUGACCAUGUAAAGAUUGAUUUAACGAUGCUU